UCAGUUUUUUUUCCCCUUCUUCUCUCUCUCUCUUUCGUCUCUUUUGUUGUGUCGGCACAAAUAAAAAUCUGAUGAGCGUGGGCCAGGACCACCACCAUCAUCAUCACUAGCACCCACACCUCACAGCAAGGCGGUCGGAACCAGCCCCUUUGCCAGAGCUGGAUCCCAGUGUGUGGAGCUGGUUGUGCGGCAGGCUAACGCAGGGCUAGCAGGGGGGCUGCAAGGCUCUGUGGCAGUGAGAAGAGGGGGGGAAGAAAAGGAGGAGGGGCAGUGGUGAGCUGGUGGGCUUCCUCUGCCUCACAGACACAUUUUAUUGACUUGCUAAUUGGAUGAGGCGCUCGGAGGAGAGGAUGCAGUGACUGAGAGGAGCUCUCCAGAGGAGGGAUACUGGCACAAGGAGGCUUUGCUUGAGGACGCAGCGACUUCAUGUCUUUUUGAGGACAAAAAAAUUGGAGACAUAACAACAGAUGUUUUUCAGCAUCUCCCUGUGACCCUCACGCCGUUCUCUCAUAAUUGUAUGCAUGACAUUGUCGAAUGGAGGCUCCAGCUGCCAGACGCUUCGUGACAAAUGAAUGAUUUCCAUUUUGAUGUUUUCUCCCCCCUGAUCCAUCUCACCUGUUUUUUCUCCCGGACCCAUCAGAUGAAGCUCUUCCUUUUUUUUUUGUCAGCCUGCUUUGAUGUGCCAUCUGAUAUGAGCGGUAAUCCGAUGGCGAGAUAAAGUCCUCAUCAAAUGAAAUGUACACAGAGCUUUGCAAUGGAUCUUCUUCAGGGAAAUUAAGUCUCAUCCCGGUUGUCAUGACGGAGGUGUGUAGGUCUGGCUAGGUCAGAGAGCAGGUGCCACCGUGCUGAGGUGUCUGCCGUCCCAAUGAGCAACGCCGGCAACCCACAGAGACGCACCACCUAUCUCAUCUCCCUCACUCUGGUGAAGGUUGAGGCUGUGCCAGAGGAUGAUGCAGAGAACCAGAAGGAGGCUCUUCCAGAGGGGGAAGGGAGCCCCAAGAAGAAGAUAGAAGAGGAGGAGGAGGAGGAGGAGGACGAGGAGGAGGAGGAGGAGGAGGAGGGGGAGGAGGAGGAGGGGGAGGAGGUCAGAGAUGUCCCUGAAAAGGACGAAGGACUUGUAUAUGCGGAAGUGGUGGGAAAAGAAAUCGCACAGGUGGAAGAAGAAUAUGUUGAGCAGGUGCCAGUCAAGUAUGGAACCCCCACUGAGAGCAGAAGGAAACCUGAGUGGAGGGAAACUCACAGACACCAAAAAGACACCGCAGCAACUGGCAAAGGCAAAGACAAUUAUCACAUACAUGCACCUGUUCGGCAAAUGGUCAAAGUGUACGGAGGAACUUCCUCCGAGGGAACUUUCCGCAGAGAGGGGCCUCGCUCAGACGCCUUGCGCCCUAAGACGGAGCUCUACCGGGAGCCACCCAUGCUCUACCUAAAGGGAGAAAAUGGAGCAGACCCGAGCAGCCGCUCACGUUGCAGCCUCCCUUUUUCCAUCCCUCCGCAGGUUAGCCAGCGCCCAGAGGUCCUGAUGAGGCCUCACGCAGGAGGCAACUCCACAGCCUGGAGGGAGCUCAGAGAGGCCAACACCAGCCUGUAUCACUCUGCUAAGACUUUGGACCGCAGGGACAACCGUGAUCAUUCCGCCAUAAUGGCAGCUACAACUCUGGGGCCUUACAGGGCAUCGUGGGCCGACAGCGAUGGCAGGGGCACGCUCAUUCGCCCCGGAGUUCCCAUCAGCGGUGGGUUUUCAGGCAUAAUGACGCGGGACAGUCCACAGGGGGAGAGAUUUAAGACUACUGUUUCUCUGCCCACGCCUCCUGCCACGGAUGUGUGCAGGCCUCAGAGGAAAACAACUAGUCGUACCCUGGACAACAGCGACCUACAUUCCUUCUCUGACGACCUGAGGAAGGGGAAGGAGGGUCAGGGAGGAACAAUCCAGCGAGCUCCACCUCGUGACCGCAAGAUGCUCAAGUUCAUCAGUGGGAUUUUCACCAAAAGUGCAGCUGUGCCGCCUACUGUUAACACCGCAUGUCCUCUCUAUCCAGCUGUGGAGAGGGGCUCAAGUGAAGAGGAAGGUGCAGUCACCAGCAGUCAAGAAUGGACCAUGAGCCAAACUGUACAAGAGCUUCACCUGGGUGUUCUGGGAGGUUUGUGCAGUGGGAAGUCUGCUCUGGUCCACAGACACCUGACAGGAAGUUACCUGCCGCUGGAGAACGCUGAGGGGCGGCAGUACAUCAAGGAUGUCCUAGUUGACGGACAGAGCCACCUUUUGAUUAUCAGAGAGGAGACAGAGCUGCCUGGACCUCAGUUUGCGAGUUGGGUGGAUGCAGUAGUCUUAGUUUUCAGUCUGGAAAAUGAGGCCAGCUUCCUGGAAGUUUACAAAAUCUACCACCAGCUCGCCGUCCACCGGCCCGUCGCCGAGAUACCUUUCGUAGUAGUUGGCACUCAGGAUAAGAUCAGCAGCACCAACCCCAGGGUGAUCGAUGACGCCAGGGCCCGACAGCUGUGCUCAGACGUGCGGCGCUGCACCUACUAUGAAACCUGUGCCACGUACGGCCUCAACGUGAACCGGGUCUUUACUGAUGCUGCUCAGAAAAUCAUGGCAGCCAAGAAACAAGCUGCUUUGCUGGCCUCCUGUAAAUCUCUCCCCAACUCUCCCAGUCAUUCUGGAGGCUCCACUCCAGUGUCAGGCGUCUUUCCAGGACAGGCCAGUAACGGUGGUCAGAGCAGCGAUUACUCCUCUUCACUUCCCUCCACUCCUGUCAUCAGCCAUAAGGAGAUCGGCAGGACAGCGAGGGGGGAGAAACAGGACAGUGCCACACCAGGGACAGUCCGCAGCGCCACCCGAAGACGCACCUCUCGAUUUGCGGGUCGGAGGGGCAGCGACUCAAACAGGAGGAGUGCAGACUAUAAGGGCGAUCUGGGCAUUGGACGCUCCAUCCCCAUCAAACAGGGCAUCUUGCUGAAGCGCAGCGGGAGCUCGCUCAACAAAGAGUGGAAGAAGAAGUAUGUCACGCUGUCCAACGACGGCAUACUGUCCUAUCACUCCAGUGUCAAUGACUACAUGCUCAAUACCCCGGGGAAAGAGAUGGACCUGCUGAGAGUGACGGUGAAAGUGCCCGGAAAGCGACCACCGCGCGCUGUACCCCCCUGCGGCCCUCCAGCCGGGCUCAAUGGCCGGGUUAAAGACAUGCCUGGACCCGAGGGUUUGAGCCCAGUGCCUGUAAGUGCCAGCGGCCUCCUGCAAGUGGAGGAAAUGGAAGGGCUGGGCGGUGCGCUCUUCCUGAGGAGUAACAGAGGGGUGCAACGGUGUCCUUCCACUUUAUCCAACCCCGCUCAGAGUGUGGACUCUGCAGUCGAGGGAGUCUCCAGCUCCUCCUCCACCAAAGACGUAGGCUGUGCCUCCCCAGUGGCCGACAGGAAGAAGCAUCGCAGGAAGAAGAGCAUGAACCAGAAAGGAGACGCUGCCCCCGGCCAAGCUGACGCCAAGCGCAAAAUGUGGAAACUCAAAAGCUUUGGUAGCUUAAGAAACGUAAGCAAGACAGAUGAGGAUAACUUUGACUUCCUUAUCGUGUCGAGCACCGGCCAGACGUGGCACUUUGAAGCCCAGAGUGUGGAGGAGAGAGAUUCCUGGGUCCAGGCCAUCGAGAGCCAGAUCCUGGCCAGUCUGCAGCUGUGUGAGAGCAACAAAAACAAGGCUCGCAGGAACAGCCAGAGUGAGGCAGUGGCUCUACAGGCGAUCCGCAACGCAAAGGGCAACAACUUCUGUGUUGACUGCGAUGCUCCGAAUCCGACCUGGGCCAGUCUGAACCUGGGGGCUCUCAUCUGCAUCGAGUGUUCGGGGAUCCACAGGAACCUGGGGACCCAUCUGACGCGGGUUCGCUCGCUCGACCUCGAUGAUCUCCCCCGGGAGCUGACUCUGGUGCUCAGCGCCAUCGGCAACCACAUGGUGAACUGUACAUGGGAGGCGCGCACACUGGGGAGACGCAAACCAGCUCCUGACGCCUCACGAGAGGAGCGGGAGUCGUGGAUCAGAGCCAAGUAUGAGCAGAAACUGUUUGUGGCACCGUUGCCUCCUCCCACUCCCGGAGAGGGCCCAGACAUCACGCUAUCUGGCCGCCUUCUGCUGACAGUGAUGGAGCACAACCUCCCCAAGCUGCUGCUCCUCUUGGCUCACUGCACGAAGGAGGACAUUAACGCACCGCUCAGUCUGGCCCUCUCCUCCAGGGCGCUCUUGGCGCUGCGACUGCCCGGCUCUGCCCUGCACGCUGCCUGUCAGCACGGCGAUGUGGUGAUGACGCAGCUCCUCGUCUGGUAUGGCUGUGAUUUGCGGUAUCGGGACGCUCAGGGCCUGACGGCGUUGGCUCUGGCUCGCAGCGCUGGCAGCCAGGAGUGCGUCGACAUCCUGCUCCAGUACGGAUGCCCCAACGAACCGGUCCCUUCCAUCGCCACGACGGUCGGCUUCGCAGCAUCCGCCACAUCCAGCUUCCCUGUUGCCAUGGCGCCCAGCCUGACGGUUGCCACGACGCUCAAGAUCUCACACAGGAGCAGCGGCACCAGUUUGAGCUACAGCACGUCGAGAAGAGCAGUGUCAUAAGGAAACAUGUGGUGUGGUGUAACAUGCGUGUGUGUGUUUGUGUGUGUGUGUGUGUGUGUGUGUUUCAGGGAUGAAAACACACUGGCAGUAACACAGGCACAUUUAGUCUGCUUGAAUGAAUUAACCAAAACAAGAAAAAAAUCCUGACCCCACGCGACAUGACGUCCAGAUUCCUCUGCAUUCAGACUUCAUAGGAAUGUAUUGCACUGUAUACCAGCGGGUAUGAUUCACUUUUCAUCAUGCAGUUAUUAUUCCGCCAGGUUUGAAUAUUGACUCUGUUACAAAUGCAGUAUAUUUACUCUGUUGAGAAUGGAAAUCUGCCUUUGGCCUCAAACAGCUUAGCUGAGUCUCUGGAGCCCAGAAGUAAAGAGCUGCAAUAAGUUUACUAUUAGAGAGAUGGACGUCUCCGUUUUUUCCGACUCUGUCUCGCUUGAAAUCCCAAACGUCAAACACAUCCAUACUUCUUCCUAACUUUAUUGACCAUGAAUGUCCGUUUGAAAUUCAGAGUGUGUACACUGUGUGGCCUUCAACACAGCUGGCCGUUGACUGUGAAUAUUAUGUCCUGUCUGUUGAUUUAAGAAAAAGGAAAAAGAAGAAACUUUACAAUGGUUGAAAAACAAACGGUUUUAAAGAGAUUAAAAAAAUAACUGUAUAGAGAUAGAUUAAUAAAAUACUAUAAUAUUCUAAAAAUGUAAAAGUGCUUCAUUUUGCAGAUUGUUAUUGUACGAUUUGUACACUUGGUUGUGUGUAUAAAAGUGAAAGGGUUAACUAUAGCUGUUCAGAGAUUUACUGCACAGCCUCUUGUGUUGGUUUUCCCUCGACUGAGAUUUCUAUGUCCCGUCUGCAUCACUGUGUGUGUGACAUGAACACAGCACAUGGUCUGUGUGUCGUGACAGCCUGUCAUUAGCAAGAAGAGUGUGUAAACCCGAGAUGGCUUGAUUUUUGAAUGUAUACGAAGAUUAUCAUUUCAAACACUAAAGUGUUUUCCAGACAAUAUUCCUGCUGUGAUGAACAUAUCCAAGGAUCUGAUCUAUAAAACUGGGCCUAUGAAUGAUGACGAUUAUGUUUGCAAGUGGCUGAAAAUCAACAUUAAAUAACGGCAUGUUGCCCCAAAUUCACAACUUUUAAAAAUGCAUAAAAAAACAACUGUCGUGCAGAACUGUAUGUAUUUAUUUUGUGUAGAUCUGAAGACUCCGCUGAGUGUUCAUGUCUGUGAUGUAAGCAUCUCUCUCCAUUUGUAUUUUUAUACCCAUGGAAUGAUUCAUAGGGCAUUCAUCCAUUAUCAAUACACUAAGGCUACUGCUCAAGCUGUGGUACUUUGUCAGAGUUGUGUGUGUUUUUCUGUGUCGGGGCUCUUAGCAAACCUUUAAUUAUUUCAUAUAUAUAUAUGUAUAUAUACAUAUACAUAUAUAUAUAUAAAUGUAUUGUAUCUUUUACUUAUAUGGAUACUUUAAUCAGUCUAUAGAGUUUACACCCAUGAGGCUCAAGCACAUAAAUAUCAUUCAGUGAUUGCAUCACCGAGCCGAGAGCGUAGCUGCCUCAAACGGGUGGAGUCCUCUGUAUCCGUUGGUCAUCACUUAACACUUUACUUACAUUUAAACAGGAGAUCUUCUGGAUCAGACUGGUUCUUUUUAAAGGCCCCUACUGGCUCUGACCUACUUUUUUUCUAGGUCAAAGUCUUUUUAUAUUAUCACACUCAGUCUGUGAUGGUUUCAUUUUCAUGGAUUCAAAGUGGUAAAGUUUUUUUUCCUGUGCAAACACAUGUAAAGACAAAUGGGACACAACAAACACAUCGACUCGAAGGCAACUUCAGCUCUGAUGCCAACAUGCAUCGGAGUUCAGGAACCGUAGUAAAAUAUAGAAAACACGAGGUUGAAAUGUAUGAUAUUAAAUAAUGAUAUAUGAUAAUACAGAUAUAUAGAAAAGACCUUCGUUAUAACCAUCAAAGUACCAAGAGAAAAAGUCUGAAUAAAAAAGAGGAAAACUCAGCAUCAACAAUUUCUAAAAAGAAAUGCACCUCAUUGUAAAUGGUUUGAAAACUCAAGGCCAGAUGACUAUUGUCAUUCACUGAAGCAACUUGUAUUUGCAAAGAUGCUCCUGAGAUUUCAGAUUACGUGUUUUGAAUGAUUUGAGCCCCACAAACCAGAGUUGAACUGUAAUUCUGCGAGCUGUAGCCAUAAACUGAGAAUAACACAAGGGCCGUGUAUGUGUUUGUUAUAGAUUGUGAUGCAUGAAAGAGGAAAAGGCAGUUGUGUGUUUUCAGUUCAAUACAGACAUUGAUUCAUUCCACCUCUUUGUGUUGACUUUGCUAUAAAACUCUUUGGCUCUGGAAAGUGUACAUGAACCCGAAAAGACCAAUAUGUUUUACUCUGAGGUGAAUUUAGACUUACAUUUGUUAUCAUGGUUGUUGGUGUCUUACAUUAAAAAAAGAAAAUUAUUGCAUAGUUUAAUGUUGAUGUUUGACAAAGUUACAUUUGUGUUGGUCUUUUUAUGCUGUUUUAGAGCUCGACAUGAUGUAGUAUGUUUUUAUCUUUUUGGGUUCAUUUUUGACCAUUUUUAUAUUCCAACAUGACCUUGCUCUGCAGCGAGUUUUGAAAACCCUCAUUGCUUUAAAACCAUAUUCAAAAAAAAUAACCUGCAAAGCGAAUCAAUGUACGAUGAUGAUGAUUAGCAGAGAUGAUCCAACUCAUCUUGCAAAUAAAACAAGAAUUCCUUUCCGCUCACAAAAUAAAGCGAGGCUGCUGUGAAUA